UAGUCAACUACAUGUAUACCCUACAAAUUAAACUAAGAAACACAGUAGUCAGCUCCUCCAAAAAUGUUUUUAUUGGUCUCUUGUCAGAAGGAAUUUAAUUAUUGACAAAGGCAUUAACAGUUUUGUUGUGGAGCAAGACAGUAAAGCAUCGUGUGAAAUUUCUCAUUUUGAAGAUUGUACAAGUCUACCACAGCCAUACGGCCUGAUAGAAUGUCAGUCAAAUGUUUCAUCGAAUGAGUAUGUUAUGAAUUGUCUUUGCACCAGCUCUUGGUCAACUAACUUGUGUUGAAAUUAUCACAAUAAUGAUCUAUGUAUCUUUUUAAAAAUUCUGCAAAUAGGAUUCAUGCAUUUGUCACAAAAUAGCGAAGCGCUGGAAAAUCUUGUCAAAGCAAGUAUUACAUAAUAAUUAAUUGGCAUUCUUUUUGUCUGGACCAACAAUUUUAGCCAGGGCUAAAAUUUCCCCUUUCACUAUGGAAACAGCAACCCUGUGGGUGACUCUUGUGUCAGAUGUUUUGUGACUCUUUGAACACACACUCAGUGUACCUCAAUCGAGUCGUUCUUAAUUGCAGAAUGUGUAGGGAUGCCCUUCGAUUUUGUUUUAUGGAUCUUAUCGGCAAUGAACUUCAAAUUGUGAAGCGGGAGUGGAACAAACAUACAAUUCGCCUUUCCAGGUAUACAGAUACUCCCCCAGGGAUUCCUAAUGCUUUGUACUUUUACCCACAACUGAAAGGUGCAAAUUGCUACAAGUGUCCUGUAACUGAAGAACAGUUGGCUGCUGUAGAGAAGCAUGUAUCAGAUCCACCACCUGCUGCUUCCCCUGAAUUCUGUUCAAUCGCACAGUAUGUUAUGAGGAAAAACAACAUUAUAGAAACACCAAAAUCAGCAGCAGAGGGGCUUGCACUGUAUGAGCAACUAGUUAAAGCUGUGACAGACCAUGACUCUGCCACAUUGGCAUAGGAAUUGUUAUUGUGUUUGACUGAGAUGCCACAAUGUAUGACAACGUUUACUGGUUUAGUGCAUGUAUGGCGAAGUUGAAGUGUAGACAGAAAUAUAAUUUAAUUGUUUAGGAGUCUUCUACUUUACGAGUACGUGUAUUUUCAAGAGGGUAAAAACCAUGUAUUUUUUCUACUUUCCUAAAGAUAUACACUAAAUGUAGCUCGUUUUCAGGGUGUUUAAUUAAUAAUGCUUACAGCAUCAAGGUAACUAGCACAUUGGAUUCCUAUCAUUCUAAGGAAUUAAGUAGAUCCUGAUUCCAAUUAUUUCAAGGUUUUCAAAACACAUGUCACAGAUUAUUGUACUGAUUUCUGUUAUAGUAUAGAUAGGGUCAAUAUUUUAGAAGAUGUGUUUGCCAUGUUCCAACUGCUUCCUCAUUUCUUUUAUGCCAGUGCACAGAUCGUCAAGUUCAGAUGAGGUGAGGGGUAUGUAGUAUCUGCCAUACUUGUGUAUUGUUGUCAUCCUGUGUUGUUGCUGUCUCAUCCAAAACCUGACCAAACCUAC